AUGUCGAGCAGAAGGAAAUCAACCACCCCCUGCAUGGUACUUCCCUCAGAUGUACUGGAACAGGAUCCAGACAUGGAGAUCCUUACAGGGCAGGAGGGAGUUCAAUUUGCUGCUGAAGGCCCUACAGAGGGUGUGAUAGUCCCAUUGGAAACUGAAGGAGAGCAUGAGGACAUGUCAAGCCACCCCACAGCCAAACGCCCUGCUGUAGAGCAGUCAGUUUCUGAUCUGACUGUCGUAGCAAGUAUCCAGGCAGAGACGGAAGACAUUGAAGACCCCUCUGUCACUGGUAUCUCUCUUAGCAAAACACCUAUCAUGAAAAGAAAGCCAGAACCUAAAAAAAUAGCUGUCUCUCUCAAAGGGACAGACGAGACUGAUGCAUUUAUAGAAAGUGAAGGGGAUCUAGAACCCUUGGAAGCAUCUGUUUUGGGUUCCUCUAUGACAGAAAUGACAAACCCAAUUCUUGCUGAGUCAGCAAAGCCUGGUGUGUUUGUCAGCAUUUCCAAUAUAUCAUCUGCUGAGCAGAAGAAGCCAGUUGUGAACCCUGCCACUGUGCUUCCUGCUGGCCUGGCUCAGGUUUUAUCAGCCUUACAGGCCCACCAGACUGCUCAUGCUCAGCUCUUGAUCCCAGUGAGCAGCAUUCCUACUUACAAUGCAGCCAUGGACUCUAAUGCACUCCUGGUUAAUACCUACAAGAAGUUCCCCUACCCAUCUGUGUCUGAGAUCAUAGGCUUGGCAGCUCAGACCAAGUUCAGUGAGGAGCAGAUCAAGAUCUGGUUCUCUGCUCAGCGUUUAAAGCAUGGUGUGAGCUGGACACCUGAGGAGGUUGAAGAAGCUAGAAGAAAACAGUUUAAUGGCACGGUCCACACGGUGCCCCAGACUAUUACAGUCAUUCCAGCCCACCAUCUCUCUGCCACCAAUGGUCUCCAGUCAAUCCUUCAGACUUGCCAAAUUGUAGGACAACCAGGUCUAGUUUUGACACAAGUGGGUGCAGCAAACAGCUUGCCAGGCACCACUCCUAUCACCCUGACUGUUGCAGGAUUGCCACAUCAGAACCAGGCAUCCAAAAGUGCAACCAGUCAAUCAAGCUCGGCUCUUAGUGAAACAAAGAGAGCCACAACGGUCCAGCCUCCUUCACUGACUCCCCAGGAGAGCUCUGUCCUCAGUGCCGAUCAUUUUGGUUUGCGCCCAAAAAAAUCAAAGGAGCAGCUAGCUGAGCUGAAAGCCAGCUACAUGAAAAACCACUUUGCCAGUGAUGCAGAAAUCGCCAGGCUUAUGAAGCUGACCAACCUCACCAAGGGUGAGAUCAAGAAGUGGUUUAGUGAUACACGGUACAACCAGCGCAACUCCAAAAACAGCCAUUUUAGCAUCUUGCAUGAAAGCAGCAGAGGCAACAGCAGCAGUGCCACCAUUGUUAUUGAUUCCAGUGAUGAGACCCCACAGUCCCCAUCACCAGUUAAAGAGAAGGAGACGCGCAAGACCUGGAACACAUUUCCAGACUUCACUUUGCAGAAGUUUAAGGAGAAGACGCCAGAGCAGCUGGUGAUAUUAGAGGAGAGUUUUCAGACCUGUGACACCCCUUCAGACGAAGAGCUGAGUCGCUUAAGGGCUGAAACAAAGCUUACUAGGAGAGAGAUUGAUGCUUGGUUUACAGAAAAGAGGAAAACCCCUGCUGGAGAGUUAUCUGAGCAGAGAACUGAAGAAGCAGAUGUUAAAAAACUAAGCCAGAGUCCAUCUGGAGGCAGAAAGUUGCCCAGGGAGAAGUUGAAAAAGACCCCAGAACAGCUGCACCUCCUCAAGAGUGCCUUUAUACACAGCCAGUGGCCAACCGCUGAGGAAUACGACCAGCUUGCUGAGGAAACUGGACUACCCCGGUCCUACAUUGUCAAUUGGUUUGGAGACACAAGAUAUUCCUGGAAGAAUGGAAACCUUAAAUGGUUCUUCUGUUACCAGAGUGGAAACAUUGAGGGUGUGAAUGGCAACAAGGGCAGGAAGCGGCGAAUUCGGAACCGAGGCUGGGGAAGGUCUCGCAACAGGAGGUCCAGAAAAUCCACUGGUUCAGAGAAGUCGCCACAGAUAAAGUUUAAGACCGGGAAGGAGUUUCUUAAGGAGUACUAUCUGAAGCACAAUUUUUUGAAUGAGCAGGAUCUGGAUGAGCUUGUUGCCAAGUCUAACAUGAGCUACGAGCAAGUCAGGGAGUGGUUUGCAGAGGUUGCCAGAAAAGUUGAUAUGGGUGCAGAUCCUUUUGAAGACAACAAGGGCAACGAGCAUGAAAAGGAAUCGGAGGGGGAGAAUGAGAUGACGGUUGAGGAGCAAGGACCCUCUACUGCUGGUGAUGAUUGUGAGGAUGAGGAUACUGAUGACAGUGACACUUGGGAGCCCCCACAUAGUGUUAGAAAAACCUUAUCAGGAUCUGAGGAUCAUUAAUUUCUUUUAUAGUUCCUUCUAACUUUUUAAUGUGGAAAAGUUAACUGAGGAGCAAU